AUGCUGGAAGAAGAGUGGAAAGUGUACGCAUGGCUUGGUCAGGGACGUGAAGAAGUUGCAUGUGUCUUCAAGGUCUUGCAGGCUCUCUACGAAUGGCACCAUAGGUUUGAUUCUUACUCCAUGCACACGGACGACCUGAUCCAUCACUACCGUGAGACGUUUAAGCAGCUACUAGUACAUGAGAUACGGCGUGGUGAGAUCCCUACUGAUCCUGAUGAAGACGAUGAGGAUCUGGACCCUGAGUUCAACUGGCUUCAACCCCUCUAUACACAGACAUACUGGACACGUCUUUGUCCUGUGCAAGAGCUCAUCCUGGCCAACACGGUGAUAUUGUGUUAUGGCCACAGGUCUGUCGAAUUCGACGGCAUCUACGGUCUCCAUCGCAUGUGUGGUUCGUUUGCUCAAGCUUUCGAGAGCGGCCGGUUUAACAAAACGAGGACCUUUCACACGAAUAGACCAAAGCCUCUACGCACAAGAGGGUGGCAUGUUAUACAAGCCAUCCGAGACCAUAGACGCCAGAUAAUAGAUCUGGAUGAGGACAAGACUUCCAAGUAUCCUCGAGGAGAUGUGGUAAAUCUCGACGAAGAAGUGGCCAUGUAA